GUCGUUCAGUACAAACCGUUAAGCAACGUAGCAAAUGUUCAAUCCAACUGAACGCACCUCUUGAGAUCAACUUUACAAUGGAGAUGUGAUCGCUAGCUAAAAUGCCUGUCCUCGCUUCAUUGUUGCAUUCAAAUGUAACUACAAGUUGUGUUACAUGUUUACUUUUCCUAACAGAUGCAUUGGACAACAUGCGAGAGCUAUCAUUAUUCUUUAGACUUGUAAAAUUCGAUAGCUCAUGAUAGCGGAUAGUUUUCGCUAAAGAUGGUACAACAAAUGCAUGAAGCAAGACAGCUAACUGAAAAACUUUAGAGAGCGGCGGGACAGGGGGUAUUUAGCUAUGGAUAGCCCAAUGUUUUCGAAGUACUCAUGGCUUGAUUUUCUUUUCUCGGUAGUCGGUGUGUGUACCUUCUUGUUUGACGUGGGAUCCGACAUUUGGGUCGCUACGGAGUUCUACUCGCGUGGGGAUUUCUUCUGGUUCGGAGUGUUGAUCGGCCUUAUGGUCCUGUCUUCGGUAGUGGUCCAGAUGUUUAGCUGGUUCUGGUUCAAAUACGACCGCGAACUGGAGGGCUUCGAUGAGCAAACUGCCAAGAAUGUCCUCUUUGGAGGCUGCGUCAAACUUUCAUUCCUGCUACAUGUACUUCAGCUCGGAUUCUUUUGCAGACACAUCUCAGCCAUAUGGCAGGGCUUCCGUGUGUGGUGGCGACAGGAGCAGGGCUCGGGGUACGCCGUGUACCUGACCCACGACCUGAGCAUGCUACGUCUCAUCGAGACCUUCUGUGAGAGCGCCCCGCAGCUCACCCUCAUGACCCACAUCAUGCUGCACAACAACAAGGCCAGGACGGUACAGUGUGUGAGUGUCGUGGCGUCAACUACUUCCAUAGCCUGGAUGGUGGUGGACUACCACCGCUCCCUGCGUUCCUUCCUCCCAGACAAGGCCAAGCAGGGCUGGGGCUCCGCCUUGGUCUACUUCCUGUGGAACCUGCUUCUCAUCGCGCCGCGGGUGGCAGCGGUCGCCCUCUUCGCCACAAUUCUGCCCUCCUACCUGGCUGCCCACUUCCUGCUUAUCUGGCCAGUGCUGGUGUUCUGGGURUGGCGGCAGGAGACAGACUUCAUGGACAGCGCAGGCGGAGAAUGGCUCUACCGGGCCACCGUAGGGCUCAUCUGGUACUUCAGCUGGUUCAACGUGGCGGAGGGAGGGACCAGAAGGAGGAGCAUCAUCUAUCACUCCUUCAUGGCUACGGACGGAGGGAUUCUGCUAGUCUCAUGGUGGUUCUACAGAGACCCGGUCCUGACACAGUCCUACGCCCCCAUCCUGCUGGCCACUCUGCCCCUCACCUACCUGAUGGGRGUCCUGUUUAAAACACUCUACUACUACUGUUUCCACCCUACGCUGUGGAUGCCCCCCGUCAGGGAGACAGGGUUAGAAGAGGAGCUGCCUGAUGGUCAAGAGAUGGUGUUCAGAUCCAUCGCCCCCCAAACUGGUWCUCCCCGGUUCCGUAACAAGAGGAUGGCAAGCCAUGCCACUCACUUCUACUCCGAGGAGGAAGCCAGGAAGCCCAUUAAGAUAAACGGGCGCGAGGCCAACACUGUUGUCUGACUGGAUGUGCUUGAACUAGACUCUUAUUUACAUGCAAUGAUGGAGUGAUGAUGGAAUGUCUGGUGUCUUUUUCGAGACCAUCCUGUUUUUCAUGCUGUAUUUUUGUAUAAAUAAGGUGCUGCACAUCUUAUUGUAAAUCAGACUUUAUGUUUAAAUUAGCAUAUUCUGUGAAACAGUGAUAAGGUCACUGAAGUUUCAUCCCAAAUGGCACCCUUGUAUAGUGCUAUAUGGUGCACUACUUGUGGCCAGGGCCCAUAGGGAUAUGGUCAAAAGUAGUGCWCUAUGUAGAGACUAGGGUGCCAUUUGGGAUACAUGCUGAGCAGGUUCCAUUGAUCAAUAUUGGGAGUUGUAGGAGAGAGCUAUUGGGUUAUUCCAGGAAAUGUGUCCUUUUUGGGUUCUGUAACUUAGUGAGAGAGAAAAAACAACGUUUAAUUUCACCUAAUUGUAACAUUCUGUCACAAAGAGCACAUGUUCAAYUUAGUAAAAAACAUAUUUUCCCAUCUCAAAAAAAAAAACUAUAUUAAGUGGCAAAUAAAGUAACAGGGUUGACGACUUUAUAUUAAAUCAGCGAGAAUUCCCCUUGUGACAGGUGGAAUGGAAGCUUGUGUGCAACAGGGUGAGGCAAUUGAAUGCAAGCUUCACAAAACAAUUGAAAAUGUAAACAUUUCUAGCCUGUCUAUCAACAGGGGUAACA